AUGGAUUAUAAUAAGAGCGAGAUUGAAAAGGGAUACGCGGAGGUCAGAAGUGAUAACAACGAAGUUAUAUGGGUUUUGGUUACUUAUUCUGAUGACUCUAAAAAGUUGCUAGUGAAGACCGGAACAAAAUACGACGAUUUUUUAGCAGAAUUACAAGACCACGUUCGGGCAUACGUGUACGUUCGAAUACAAACUGGCGAUGAACUUUCUAAAAGACAAAAGUUUGCUUUUCUUACUUUUGUCGGGGAAAAAGUUUCUCCAAUGAAAAAAGCUAAAGUUUCUACCGACAAACAUCUUGUGAAGCAAAUGAUGCCGAUAUUUGCUUGUGAAAUUUACAGCUCAGAUAUAAGCGAUUUUAAAUAUGACAAUGUUAAAGCUAACGUCCAAAGAGCAGGGGGUGCAAACUAUGGACCGGGGCAUUAA